AUGGGUCUUUCGUAUAAUACGUAUUUAACCGGUCACAAGAUCUAUGGGUGCAAGAAUUGCAAGACGCAUUUGAGUACGCAUGAGGAGAUUAUUUCACGGAAUUUCCGCGGCCAACACGGCAAAGCCUACCUCUUCGGCACUGUAGUCAACAUUACGCCGGGCGAACCCUCAGAGCGCAACAUGACGACCGGUCGACACAUUGUGCGCGAUAUUGUUUGUAAACGCUGUAAUGAGACGGUGGGGUGGAAAUACGAUAAGGCGUAUGAGCCGAAUGAGAAGUAUAAGGAGGGGAAGUUUAUACUGGAGGCGGAGUUGUUGAGUAAUGUUAAUUAG